GUGGGAAGAAGGAGAAAGAGGGAAGGAGAGGAAGCUCGCGAGGAAGACAUCGGAUUAAGGAGUUCUCAACAAGAAGAGAGACAAGGACAGAGUCAUCAUGGCUUCAGUAUCCACUCAUGGAAACCAAGAGAAACCUCCCCAUUUGCCACCUCUAGGCAAGCAGAGCCUGUUGUUUUGCCCAAAAUCUAAACUGCACAUCCACAAAGGAGAGAUUUCCAAGAUUAUCCGAGAAUGUCAAGAAGAAAGUUUCUGGAAGAGAGCUCUGCCUUUUUCUCUUGUAAGCAUGCUUGUUACCCAGGGACUCGUCCACCAAGGUUAUUUAGCAGCUAAUCCGAGAUUUGGAUCACUGCCUAAAGUUGCACUUGCUGGUCUCUUGGGGUUUGGCCUUGGAAAGGUAUCAUACAUAGGAGUAUGCCAGAGCAAAUUCCACUCCUUUCAAGAACAGCUCCGUGGGGCUGGUUUUGGUCCAGAGCAUAACAGGCACUGCCUGCUUACCUGCAAGGAAUGCAAAAUAAGGCGUGGAUUAAGUGAGAACCAAGGUUCACAGCCUUCAGCUUCCUAAACUCACUUCUAUGGUGUUUGAAGAUUUUUAAACCUCUGAAUUUGUAUUCAUUGAAUCCUGUGGAACAGAAACCUUGUAAUUCUCACUCUUUUGAAAUGCUGUCUGUGGAAGGCUCUUGAUUGAAUUGAGCAUAAUAUGUUCUUCUGCACUUUAAGAAAAUGUUAGGAAUCCUCACAUGCCAAAAAAGAAAUGUUGCACCCUGUCUUGCUUAUAGCUACAUACAAGAAUUAAAUAAUUUAGAGUCUUCUCUCAUAAGCUGUCAUUCAUUCUCUCU